AUGUUGCGGCAUUAUGCUAACUCGGUGCUUUUGAUUGAGUCAAAUCGGAAAUUUGAGUCAAAAAUUGUUAACGGUGGUCCUUUCCAGGGAGAACUGACCCGACAUUGUCGUGAGAUAAGAGCUCUGCUCUGUUCGCUUCUACGCGCUACUCCGAAACUGAAGUUGAUCUGGUCGUUGUCGCCUGCAAAUUCUGCCGAAUACUUUGCGGAAAUGAAACUCAAUCGAGCUGAGCCUGAUCCGGAAAAAGCUGUUUCCUUGCGAGGGGAUGAUGUCUUCAAACAAAUCGAAGAAGAGACACACGACACCCCAGAGAAGCGAAAGAAGCCGAACGCUGUUCUGUUGAGACAUAUGGCUCAGCAUCUGCCUGGCAUGGGAAGAGGAGAUGUGCAAACGAUGAUGCUCAGUCAGAAGGUAACGAAUCUGAAGGAGUUGUUUACGAUGUCUGCAGAACGACUACAUGCUGCCAUUGGCGUUCAUGCUGAUAGAAUUAGUGUAUUUUCAAAUUUUGAUUUUAGCUCUUCCGAUUGA